AUGGCGGCGUUUAAAAAAAUGUCAAAAGUCUAUAUGCCAGUUUUUUGCGCAUUAAGAGUCAGCACUUCUUAUGAGUAUUUGGAAACUCGUUUCGGCCCGAGUCUUCGAACUAUUGCUGCUGCUUUGUUUACUGUCAAAAUGAUAGUUUACACGCCAAUAGUUUUAUAUGUGCCAGCAUUAGCAUUUAAUCAAGUCACUGGAAUUAAUAUAUACAUAACUAGUAGCGUCGUCAGUUUUAUUGUCGUGAUAUACACAAUAUUGGGUGGUAUUAAGGCUGUGGUUCAAACAGAUAUAUGGCAAACAUUUCUUAUGUUUAUUGGGAUAAUAGUUGUCGUCAUACUUGGAGUGAUAAGAGCAGGUGGAUUUGAACCAGUAUUUCAGCACGCUGCUGAAGGUGGACGCAUCAUUUUUGCUAAUAUAACCCCAUCACUAUACGAGAGACAGUCAUUUUGGGCUGUAUUGAUUGGUGGCUCAUUCUAUUGGACCAGUGUUAAUAGUGUAAAUCAGGUUAUGGUUCAACGUUACAUGUCCCUGCCGACCUUGAAAAAAGCUCGACAAUCGAUAGUCAUCUUUACGAUCAGUGCUGUAAUAUUUGUUUCGUUUUGUUGUUUUGCCGGUUUAUUGAUAUUUGAUUACUAUAGAAACUGUGAUCCACUAAGCAUUGGACUCAUUUCGAAUAACGAUCAAUUACUACCGAUCUAUGUAAUGCAAACUGUCGGUCAUCUACAAGGCAUACCGGGUCUCUUUAUAGCCGGUGUCUUUGGCGCCGGGUUAAGUUCUUUAUCGUUAGGAUUUAAUUGUACUGCUUUGGUGAUCUUUGAGGAUAUUGUACGCGGCAGUUUUGGAAUUAAUUUGAGCGAGCGCGCUUCAAAAAUUCUUGUCAAAGUCGCAAUAAUUAUCCAGGGUUUAACAGCGGUGGCGUUCAUUUUUGUACUCGAAAAGUUAGAUGGCAUUUUGAGUGUAGUAACUUCACUUGCUGCCAUUGAAACCAGUACCACAUGUGGUAUGUUCACACUCGGCAUGUUGAUACCAUGGAGCACUACGAAUGGUGCUUUGGCUGGCGCUGCUGCAGGCGCCAUUAUGUCAGGUUGGGUGUCUUUUGGCACACAAGCAGCAAUAGCAAGCGGUCAACUUGGUUCGCAUAAGUUGGAAGUUUUCGUCUCGGAAUGUCCCGCUAAUUCCACAAUAACUGUACCCGGUUAUGUUGAUGAAUCGGACGUAUUCCCUUUAUAUCGUUUAUCGUAUCAUUGGAUACCAGUGAUUGGUAUUUUAUCAACAUUGCUAGUUGGCACUGUAACAUCAUUUCUCUGCGGACCAAGAGACUUGAAAACAUUGGACGCAGUUGUAAUAUCACCUGUAAUUCAUAGAUUUUUACCGAAGGAAUGUUUCAGUGCUACACCUAAUGCAAAUCCUACUUUAUCCCGAGGUAAAUCUGAGCGAACAUCAGCUGACAUUUCGAAUAAGUCUAAACACACGAGGGCUACAGAGAAAUACUAAAAUAUAUACAUAGAAUAAACUUUAUAGAUAUGUAUGUAU